AUGACUCGAGGAUUUGCAACCAUUGCUCCCGACUGUGAAGUCGUCUUUGAUGAGGUCAAAGAGACUGACAACCUCAACUAUGUCAUCUACGAAGCCAACUCACAUGACAAGAAGAUCACUGUCGCUGAGUCUGGCAAAUACAAAGACUAUGCUGAAUUCCUCACUCACUUCAAAGAUGACACUCCCCGAUAUGCUGUCGUUGACUUGAAGUAUGACUUUGCUGGUGACAAGCAGCGACAUAAGCUAGUCUUCAUUACCUGGGUCCCUGAGGCAGCCAGCACCCAUGAAAAGACCUACACCACGACCAACAAGGAUCAUCUCUACCGGUCGUUUGAGGAUAUUAGUCUUCAUGUGCAGGCUACCACCCAGGCAGAACUGGCCCAUGCCACCCUCUUGAGUAAAUUCAAGGCUCUCUAG